CACGGAGAGAUGGUGGGAUGGUCCACAAAUAAAGCCGUCCUUUUUUGGGGGGAGGGUAGCGGGCAAGAUCUAUUCUUCUCCAGUGCCCCUUUUCAUCAGAAUCCAGUGCCUCUUUUGUGCUCACCUCGUGUGGGAAAGGGCUCGCAACUCAGGGCCGACUUCAGCGCCAUCUCUCACGGCAGUGACAUUGGGAAGAGCCUAAAAGGAGAACUCCAAGAAAAAUCUAAUCUUAUCCAAUCUUCCUUCGGCUAAGAACCCCAAGUUCUGAGAGAAAGCAAAUGUUGGAUAUCCGCAACUGCAGGAAUGAUACGGCUCAAGAGGUGCUUGCUUCGUGCCGAUGCCAACCACCAAGAUUUCUGCAGAGGAUCAGCCGGAGCAAGAAGGCUCCCAAGCUGCUUCUGCUCCGGCUGCAGGUGACCUCGACUCAUGGCUAGAGGCGACGUUGAGGCAUUAUCCGGGUGCUAAGGAUCUGGUCAUGGCGAAGCUGAAAGAUGAUUGGUGUCUUGACUACCCCUCUCUGGUUGAAUGCUGGGAUGACCUCAAGGACAACAUCCCGGGGGUACUUCGGAGCACAAUGUCCAAACAAUUGGAUAAGGAUCGCUUCAACAAAGUCAGUGCUACGCCCCAGCUGCUCGCUUCAAAUUGGAUGACCGCAUGGGGAGUGGCGUUGGUGGCCAUGGUGGCCCCUUCAGUAUUGGCUGCAUUCAAAGAUCGCAGCCGUCAAGUGGAAGAGGUGGUGAGGGAGAAUGUGCACGAGGUUUGGGUGCCUUUAGGGCUGCUGUGCGUCCUGCAGUAUUUGUUUUGCGCCGCCAUCUCACCCAAAAUCGGCUGGAAUAUGAUUGAGCAGCGCUCAAAUGGAAUCAGCCUCAGGGAAGCAAUGCGCAACAACAUGACCAACCAGGCAGUGAUAGGUGCACUUUUCUUGACUGUUGUGUGGACAAUGGCCGUGGACCAGACGAUGGCAGGGGACGACCGCUUUUCGUUCAUUUGUCAGUGGUACGAAGGUUUCACCACAUUAGCAAUCGGCCAACUCCUCGUUGCAGUCAUGACUUGUUGCUUCAACACUCUCUACGUGGAACCACUUGAUGAUAUGGCAUCCCUGAAGUUUGUGAAGGACAAUUUCGUCUACUUUGGAGAGCCAAUGGCGUUGAUGCUGGCGGCAUUGUACAAUGCAAUCUGCGCCACCAUACUGUGGGUCUUCACAGUGUACGGAAUCGGUUUGGGUGUGUGCUUCAGCAUCAGCGCCGGUUGCGCCAUCUUGCGCAUGUCCGUGGUCUACGGAUAUCUUUGUAGAUGGAAGAACCCUUACUUGACACUUGAGGAUCAGGAAGCUCGAGUGGCAGACGCGGCCAACAUGGCACGCGCAGGAGAGGUCAUGACUUAAGGAGAGCUUCCAGGGUGUAUGGCUGGCUGCAAGGCUGAGGAAAUCUCGCUAUGGCCAGACUAAAGAAGGCCCAUCAGAUUGGUUUCACAUGAUUUCACCAUCCUCUGUGAAUGGCAGAGGUGCUACCACAGUGCUAGUGCUCAGACAAUAAUAAGAUCCGAUCGUAUCCGAUCGAGAAAUGACUGGUGUUUGAUGGCUUGCAUUUUGUGAGCAACCCCUCUCCAACCAAUUAUUCUGAUAUGAUCCCAUUGAUAUUUCAUGUUUUGCUGGUGUUUGUGUCAGAAGUCUUCAGGAUAAACCUUCGGUACGGACACCCGGUACGGUGCAAUGGGUGCACGUGAGGUAGUAGGUAGGGGCAGGUAGCACAUGUUUCAAGACGGAUUCGCUUAGAGUUAUGUAACCCCAAUAGCAAUGGCCUCCAACCAAAGAGCGAUGGCCUCCAACCUAAGAGCGAUGGUCUCCAACCUACUAGCGAAGGCCUCCAACCUAAGAGCGAUGGCCUCC